AUGGUGAGGCAACCAGAAUUUCCAGAAUUAACUUGUCUCAAGGACUUAACAUUGAAUGUUGUCGCAAGUGAUCGGCAAAGCCUCCUUGAUUUGACUAAAUUGAUAGAGCGGUCUCCUUUCUUGCAUAGAUUUACAUUGGAGCUAAGAUGGGCACGAGUGCCAUGUCUGAGGAAUAUGCAGAAGGUUAAUAGAUGUCCUCAUCAGUGCCUUAAGGUGGUGAAAUUUUCUGGGUUCGUUGGGUCUAGUAUCGACACUGAGCUUGCCAUGUACUUCACUGAGAAUGCCGUUGCGCUUGAAACGUUUAUCGUCGAUCUAAUAAAGGUUGUCGUUGAAGAAUCCACUCUAUUGUCUGAAUUUGUUACAACCCAGAAACAAUUGAAGGCAGCAAGAAAGCGUGCAUUGCAGAUUGGUAAAAAACUACCUCCAGGAGCUGAGUUAAUUGUUUUGUAA